AUGGGUGCUGGUGGUAUGUAUCCAACCUACCCUUAUUCAAAUUAUCCCAUGGGACAUCCACGCCCAUACUAUAACUAUAAUGUAUAUCCAUCAUCAGGCAGUAUUCCACAUCCAGGCUAUUUGCCGAAUAUUAGGAUGAACUAUGGACGAGGUUUUCCACGUCCAUAUGCUCCUAUGAACUACACUUCUACAGUAGCAAGAUUUCCGCCAGGCACAUUUCAUCAACAUUUUGGUAACGGUGGUUUUAUUAAUCAACCUUAUGGUGCUUUCGGUGGUAUACAAUCAGCUCCUCCAUCAGCAACGAUGGAUGGUAACAUUCAUAUGCAUCACUCGCGUGAAUAUCGACCACAUUUUGAUGAACAAUAA